AUUUAGAUAUGCAAUAGAUUUCCCCAGAGGUUGAGCAACAUCUUUCUGAAUUAUUGAAGCCUGUUCUUGAAAGAGUGGAGGAAUUAAAAAUUAGGGAUCAAUAAAAUGAAGACUAAAUCAAUUCACUUGUUGAGGAAUUGACAUAAUUAAGACACUUAGUUAACUCUCUUAAGCCUUUGAAAUAGGAGGAAGAGAAAAGUACAAUUCAUAAUAAAUAUUAUUAGAAUAAAUAAAGCAAGAAUAAAAGAAAGAUAAUAAUGGAAAUCAUGGUAAGCAAUAUUAUUAUAAAUUCAAUUUUAUUAGAAAACAAAAAACCUGAUCGUCCUUAAACUGGUGUUGUCUAAAAGAAUGAUUAAAAUAAGGUCAAAGAGCCUAGACCUUAAACAGGUCAAAAGCCUUUGAGUUAAAGUGUAAUUGUAGAUAAGACAGCUUCAACUGAGGUUGAUAAAGGUAUUUGAAUUAUACUAUCUUAUAGUAACAUUGAAAUCUCCUAGAGAUUCCACAUAAAAGCAACCAAAACCAUAAGGAUAACCAUAAUAGUAACCUCCAUAACCUAAACCAAAACCUUAAAAUUAGCCUGAAUAGAAAGAUAAAAAAGAUCAGAAAGAUACAAAAUCUCAUGGUUAAGGUAAGAUUAGAGAUAAUAUUUAAAAGAACAACCUCAAAAGCAAAGCUAGCCUCCGAAAGAUGAAAAAAAAGUAGAUAAGCCAAAAUAAAAUAAAUAAAAUCCUCCUGUUUAACCAGAGAAAACUGAAAAGCCAAAAGAAGCUCCCAAAAAGGCAGAUAAACCAUAAGAUUAAAAAGCAAAUGGUUCAUCAAAAAAUCAACCCAAAACAAAUGAUAAAAAGGCAGAACCUAAAUAAGAGGAUAAGAAAAUAGUAAAAAAAGGAAAAUAACCAGCUGCUCAAACUGGAGAUUAAUAAUAAACAGAUGAACAAUUCUAGUAAUAAUAAUAAGCUUCUUAAGUAAAUUAAGAACCAAAUUCAGCUGAAAAAUUAUCAAAAGAAAACCAUUCAGAAUAAAAUGAGUAAUAAUAAGAAAAUCAUUCAGAUUAAAAUGAACAAUAAUAAGAAAACCAUUAAGAGAGCCAUGAAGAAAAUCAUUAAGAAAAUGCAAAUAAUGUAUAAGAUGUUGAAUAGCAGGCACAAGAACAACCUUAGGGGGAAUAAAAUUAAUUUUAGAGCCAAGAACACUAAGAAGAAUAAAUUUAAUAAGAAAAUUAGGAGAAUAAUUAACCAAAAGAAGAACCAUAAGGUUAAGAAUAAGAAGUAAUUUGA